UUAGUGCUAAGGGAACAUUUUAACAUUAUACAUGAUAUUACAUUAUAAACACCAACAGUAACACAAUAGAAAAUACGAACAAAAGCCACGUUUAACCAUUUCUGCCGAUUUCUCUUUCAUUUCAAUUAUUGAGGAAUUACAACCUGCUGGAAUAACGCCCAUCUGAAUCGCAGAAGAGAAAAUAUCGAUCUAAUGCUUGAUCAAGGACUAUGCGAUUCCACACGAUUAGUUGAAUGCAGAGGCGAUGUCAGGCAGUAAGGUGCUAGGAGGGGCGCGGCGGCGACGGACACGCUGCCGGCGCUGUCAAGCCUGUAUGCGGACCGAGUGCGGCGAGUGCCACUUCUGCAAGGACAUGAAGAAAUUUGGUGGACCAGGGCGGAUGAAACAGUCGUGCCUGCUCAGGCAGUGCACUGCACCGGUGUUGCCACACACAGCCGUGUGUUUUGCAUGUGGUGAAGCUGGAAAGGAGGACACAGUGGAGUCAGAGGAGGAGAAAUUCAGCCUCUCACUCAUGGAGUGCACCAUCUGCAAUGAGAUCAUCCACCCCAGCUGCCUGAAGAUGGGUAAGUCUGAAGGCAUUAUCAAUGAUGAGAUCCCAAAUUGCUGGGAAUGUCCUAAGUGCCACAAGGAAGGAAAAACCAGUAAGGAUCAGGGAGAUGGCUUAGGAAAGAGAAGGAUGGACAAUGGGGAAGUGAGUCGCUGGAAGCUAACAGAUGACCCUCCACCCAGUAAAAAGAAGGCCCCAUCUCUAGAAGAUACAGCACGUCAAGAUGGACAUAAACGUAAGAAGGAGAAGGAGCUGCCACAAGAGAGUGGUUCAAAAAAGAAGAUCAAAGGUGCCCAUGAUAAACAUCUGAAAAAGAAAGGAAAACCCAACUCCUCUGAUUCCUCUGAAGCCAACGGGCCGAACUCGUCAUUGGGUGGCAGUCACAGCUCAGGUGGUGGUUCCACAGCAGUGCAGCUCUCAUCCUUAAACCCCAGCCAGGACCAGCGCUUGCAUCACCGUGAGAAACUGGAGCGUUUCAAACGCAUGUGUCAGCUUCUGGAGCGAGUACGGGACUCCAGCUCAUCCUCUUCAUCUAGUUCCGAUACAGACUCAGAGUCUGACUCGGACUCGCCAUCUCCUACCGCCGCCUCUGAGCCGUCCUCUCCAGCUGCAACAUAUGUCGACAGCAGUGCCCGUGAGCGAGAGCGAAACCGCCGUCUGGCAGAGCUGGGCUUUAGCGCCAGCGAUGACUCCGAAGGUGAGAGUGUGGUUGUGGAACAAGAGCAGGACAAAGGGAGUGAUUCACAAAUGCUGUGCCGCAGAGGAGACCCUGACCCCAAGGUACACAAAGGGAUUAUUAAUACGGAAGCUGAUGAUGAACAAGGGUUGGGUGACCGGGGUGGCAAACCCACUGCACUGGCCCCGCCCUCACCAUUGUCAACUACGCAAGCACCGCCCUCCAGACAAGGACACUUACUGGGACACCAGGGUCUCCCCUCAUCCAAGCGCACUAAUGUACAGGAUGCACAUAAUGGCCGCACACGGGCAGGUGGGCGAGAAGCACAAGAGAAGGAGAAUUCAAACAGUUGUACUGUAACCAAUCACAGGCAUAGUGUCGUCAAGUCUGUUCGUGGCAGUAAGAUUCGUGGUGGAAGUCGGCAAGGCCAGAACGUUCCAUCCAAUAAGAGCACGGGUACGGUGACCAUUGGUUCUGGUACUGCUAAUGGCAGCACUGCCACGUCUAACAUGAUUAACACGGUCAGCAGCUUGCUGCCAUUGCAUCGGUCUCAGGAGUCAUGCUUGGUAGCAGCACGCUCACAGAUGGUAAAGCGCAGCCCUGUGGCUGUGCCCUCUCUAUCAAGGCCCAUGCAGAUGGAGCGACACUUGGUGCGUCCGCCACCUGCCUGCCCUGAACCUCACUGCCUACUGUUGGACAGCGGCGCUUCACAUGUGCUGCCAAGGGAGGUGUGGCUCCGUGUCUUCCAGCAUCUUAGUCAACGGCAGCUGAGUGUCUGCAUGCGUGUUUGUCACACUUGGAGCCGCUGGUGCUGUGAUAAGAGGUUAUGGACUCAAAUUGAUUUGAGUCGUCAGCGCUCUAUAACUCCUCCAAUGCUGAGUGGUAUAAUCCGACGACAACCCGUCUCUCUUAACCUGGGCUACACCAACAUCUCCAAGAAACAGCUCAUGUGGCUCAUUAACCGUUUACAAGGUCUUCUGGAGUUGAAUGUGUCGGGCUGCCCGUGGUCAUCAGUUUCUGCACUGUGUCAGUCUGUGUGCCCGUGUCUGCGUCUGCUUGAUCUCAGUCGAGUUGAAGAUCUCAAAGACUCUCAUCUUAAAGAACUGCUGGCUCCGCCCUCCAAUGACACACGCUCAGCUCAUGGGGAUAACCGAGGCGGACGUUUCCAGAAUGUUAUAGAGCUACGACUGGCUGGACUGGAAGUGACUGACGCUGUGUCAUGCCUGAUUGUGCGCUACCUUCCUCACCUGACCAAGCUUGACCUAAGUCGGUGCUGCCACAUCACGGACCAGACGAUCCACACGCUAACCUCUCCAAUAUCACCGCUCAGAGAGAGCCUCACCUAUGUCAACCUGGCGGGCUGUGUGAAGGUGACCGAGCUGUGUCUGCCACUUCUUCGCCGCUGUGCCUCACUACUGAGUGUGGACCUGCGCUCAUGCGGCCUGCUCGCGCCAGACGUCUGCCAGCUGCACUGCUUUCCCUCCACUGAAGACAGAGUCCUGCAAAAGAACAGCUAAAGAAUCCUGCUGCAAACACACUACAGUAACAGACUUUCUAGAGAAAGAGAGGAGCUCAUUUAUCAUGGACACUUCACUGCUUGUGUUUCUGAAUCCACCGUUUGUGAGUGGACAAAUCAAUCCCAUGUAGAUAUUCUUUAUCAGUAAUACAAAUGUUUAGUUUGCUUUAAAUUAUCCACUCAUGUGCACAGUUCCCACAUUCACACCCCCAGCACAGCUCAGUGUCCUGUUGGGAAUACUGGCUCUAUCCCAGGUUACAAAAUGACGCAGAAUGUAUCUUACUGUGGAGAGGUUUCCAACACAGUUAUAUUUGUGAAUUUGGGUGAAUCUCACAAAGAACAUGUCCAGGUAACAUUUCACAGCAAAAUCAAAAGAAAAACUAAUUUACAAUAUAUUUUACAUAUAGAAGAUUAUGCCCUUUUGUAGAAACAUAGAAACAAGGGGGUAAUUCUUAUUACCCAAAUGCAUGUGGAACUUUGUUUUUUAAUGGUGUUUAAUACUUUUUAAUGGUGUUUCUCUGAAAACAGUCAUUCUUUACUGUAUUAAGGUAAAAACAAAUACUGUAAUAGUUUUUAAGGAAGUACAGCAAAUAUUACCAUGAUAUUUAAAUCAUAUAUCUUUUUUUGCAUUAUGGUAUUGUAAUUUAAUUGGGAAUGUGUUUAACUUUAAUGAAAGUAAUGUCUCAGUGCUGUACUAAUUAUGCUAAAACAGGCUUCAUUUUGUUUCAUAAAUAUUGUUUCUUUUGAUUUUGUGGUCAAAUGUGAUCUGUGCAUUUCUUGAUAGGUUUCAUCUUGUGAAACUUGUUAAUGUGUGAGAUUGGUUUGGGGAUGUGUGAGUGCAGGUUGUGAACAGUGUUAAAGUAUCUCUUUAGCAUUGGGUUCUUGAUGGCCUCUGUCUGCGUCUCAUACCCUGCAGCUGAUCUCUUUGGAUUGAUCUAUUGGAGAGUGUCUGUGUUCCUUCUCAUCUGACUUUGUUCCGCUGGUGCUGUCAUUCCCCAUGUGCCCUUUACCUUCCAUUUCUGCUGUUUAUUUCUACUUCCUGCUGCUCUGCUUGAGAUCAUUGAUCAGUGUGCUUACUAAACCCAAUCACUUAAGAGCACACAGCCAAUAGCAUGCCUUGAACUUAGUAACUAGCUGGACUGAGUGGCCGUUUUUUCCUGUGAAUGUGCAUUAUGCUCCGCUGCAUCUGCGACACGAGUUUAGUAAGUGCUGAGGGACCUCCUGUUUGUCCAAAUCGCUCAUAAGUGACUCUCGUUUGACUCGCUAUCAUGUUUGAGUGAUAUCCUUGAGAAGCUGCUCACAUUUAAACCCAGAAGGGUCCAAAAACCUUUCCUCUCAAAAGCAAUCAAAAAAUAGGUAAGGGAAAAUAAAUCUUUGUUGGUUAACAACAUCUUGAGGAAUAGCCUUGAGUACCGCCUGUUUUUGAGUGUAUCUACCAUCAAAUACAUUUUCGCAAAAUCUGUUCAGUAUUAUUAUAGCCGUUCCCUUACAAAAGACUAACCUGAAAAAUAAAUUAUCAAAACAUAAUUUCGUUGCUCAGAUUCUGCAUAUCCAUUCCUGCAGUUCUUCUGAGUACCUUGCCAUAAUGGUUUUUAACAUAUGUCUUUGAACAUUUGAAAAGGGUACGCUUUAACAGGCCUCAAAAAUUAUUACACUAAUGGGAUACUUCAUUAUGGAUACUCGUUAUGUGGACUACACAACUCUUCCAGGCAAGACAUUUCCAUGCGGUUGUGAUCAAUUUGCAUUAAUUGGUGUACUUAAUUUUCCUUUGUCAAAUUAUUGAAUUGGGCACUUCCUAAAACAACUGGUUUUCAAUCUCUUGGUGAGCUCUGCAACCUCUAACUUCCUGUAUAUGUUGCACGUCAGCACCUUGCACUGACUGGAUUCCUUGCAUAUUUAUAUUCCAUAUUGGGUCCAUACAUGGCAGUUAAAAUUGUUGAAGGGGAGUACAUUUAGAAAUUAAAGAAACUGCUUAAAUAUUUUAACUUUACAAACAGCAUCCUUUAAAAGUGACCUCUUAAAAUGUAUUACUAUGUCAUUGCAACUGCAAAAUCAGAAGAGUUGUUGACAUAUUUAAACAGUAAUCUUUUGUGGUUUACAAAUUUUUCAUGAUAUCAUGUCCAAUGCAGUUUGGAUUCAAAAGAUGUUCAUGUCCAUUUGAAAUUAUCUGUGUGCAGUUUGUAGUUAUAUAUCAAACACCGAGUUGUUCAUCUGUUUGUAUUUUUUGUGGACUCUGAAUGAAACAAUCAGGAAAGUCAUGUUUUUAAUAGGUGUUAAAAUUGGUUCUCCUUUAUCCAAAUAUGUUUUGUGCAGGUGCAUAUCCCACUCUACUGAAAUGCCAUGUCUGAACCAAACUGAAUUUCACCCUGGAAAAAUAUACAGGGCUGGAAUCAUACUCUUAAAAUAUCUUGACAUAAUUUCCUAUUUUGGGUAUUUUUUAUUUGUUUUUAUUUUUUCUAUUUUUAUUUUUUGUUUCAUCCAUUGCAUUGAGUGAGAAAGAUAGAUAAAACAAUGAGAUAAGAAAAACGAAAGGCAGCUAAUGUACGAGUGACUACUGUAAAAUGUCUAAAUAAAUAAAGACAAUGGGGUUUGUUUUUAUUUACUCUGCUUUUCUUUCCUCAAUGUGCACACUGUAAUAGUUGACAUUGCAAUAAAGAACAAAGGGAAAACAUGAAUUUUGAUGAGAUACUGAGCACUGCCAACCAUAGAAGUGACCCCAGUAACCUGCUAC